AUGAAAUUAUCGGCUAGCGCACUAAAAUCAAUUGCAAGUUAUACAAAAAUGACAACUGUUGAUCAAGUUCCAACCGUGAAUAAUAACGAACCCAAAAAACCAUCGACACCUGGAGCAACAAAAUUCGAUGGAGAUGGUGUGGUAUUUAAGGGAAAACUUAUUGGUACUGAGGACUUAUCAGUCGAUCGUGAUGAAAAAAUUUGCUUAGAUUCAAUGUUUAAAUUAAAAGCUGUCGCCAAAGCAAGAAGUGAUCACAAGCAAAAAAUUCAAAUUAAUUUAACGCUGUCUGCUGUUAAAUUAGCUGAUGAAGUAACGAAGGUUUCUGUAGCCUCGCAUGAAAUUGAACGAAUAUCAUUUGUGGUUACUGAUCCGAAAGAUGCACGAGCAUUUGGAUAUGUGUACAAUACCGCCGACGACAGACAUCAGUUUUGGGCAAUCAAAACAGAACGACCGGCUGCCUUAACUGUAGUUUCAUUAAAAGAAUUAUUUGAUACAGCAUUUGAACAAUUUAACAAUAGGACUGAAAAAGUGAAAGAAACAGUAGUAACGCCGCCUGUAAUACCCGCAACACCAACCACGGUAUUACCAAGUGAUGUAACACCACCGCAGACAACCCAACCACCGCCCCCAAGUAUUUGGGAAGCAUCUGCGGCGGUUCAACCGCCAGUGAAUCAACCUUUUCCAGCGAAUACGAACUUGUUUGGAUUUGAUCCAGCACCUGCACCAACGCAAGUACCACAACCAAAAAGUGUUAACGUAAUUGAUAGUGAUGAUCUUUGGAAUGUGCCAACAUCCAGUACAAAUCCACACGUGCAAGCAACACCGUCGAAUUUGACUGGACCAUCAAAUGAUUUAUCGUCAGUAUUCAACGCACCUACCCAACCAUCGAAUCAAUUUCAACCGAUGUUCAUGCAACCUCAACAACCACAACAGCCACAGUAUCAGUCGAAUAUUUCCUUUCAACAACAAGCGCAAUUUGGUCAACAGCCGAUACCAGGUCAGUCUCAACAACCAUACGGUAUAACUCCACAAUACCGUCAAUCGCCUGUUCCCCCACAAUUCGGUGUAACGCCGACUCCUAUUCAACCUCAACAGCAAACUGCACCGGUUAAUAUGCCACCGCCAUUGUUACCGUCUCCUCUAAAUCCGAUGCAACAACAACAACUACAACAACAGUCAUUUUUACAAAAUUCACCUCCAACACCAGUGGCUCCACCAUCCGUAACAAGUCCGUUUGCUGAUUUUGAUUUUUUUGGUCAACCAGUUUCGAGCGUUAAUAAACCUCCAACAAAAGAAGCAUUUUUUCCCGCACAACCAGUUAAAAGCAUUCAACAAUUACAAAUGGAAAAAAAAGUAAAUUUUUACUUCAUUCUUCUAUAACGCACUGUUAUGAGAUAUGACUUCGUUUUGUAUAGUUUUGGAUUCAGCGCUCAUAAUUUUCAUGGUAUGUGAAAAGGGAGUGCAUAAAGUGCAUCCAUAUGCAUGUUUGCUUAGCCUCUUUUUGCACAUAUUUCUUUUUAAUUCAUCAACUUGCAUAUAUGCCACUUUAAAAUUUUAAAACUGUAUUCAUGUAUCCAUAUUUAUCUCACUCUAGCACUUUAUUCAUGCUUAAUUUUAGUUUUCGAUAAUUUCUAAAAUAUAUAUUUCUAUGUUUAUACUAAUUUUAGCCAUAACAUCGAUACGACAAAUUACUCAGCCACAUUUCCAAUCCCAAUAUAGACGCCAUUUCUAACGAAUACAAUAUUGGAUGCAAUGUUUUUUUUACUAAAAUAUAUUUUCUUUCUAAUUGUUGUAGUUGUAAAUAACUUAUUUUUUUUUGAAUGCUUUUUUUGGUUAUAGUUUGAUUCGAUUAUCUGGGUUUUUUUCAAUAAAGCUUAUAUUCACGUAACUACAGCUAUUUUAGAUGUGAAGAAAAAUAAUGAAAUAUGGGUGCAUUUUUUAUAAUUGCUUCUGAUUAGUAUCUAACCAUAGAAGGUAACAAACUUCAGUGAUCAUAAAUGUACAAUAGAUUUUUCGUUUGUAUCAUCAAAAAAUCAACAGCAAAUAGAUAAUGUUUAGAAUGAAUUUGCGUCUAUUUAUUCGAAAUGUUUGAACUAGAAACAAGUGAAGAUUGUAGAUAUUAAAUAAACGCGGGAUACGUUCAUAUAAUAUAGCGGGUAUUACCAAAAUUAUUCAAUACAAAAUACGUAUAAUAACAAUAAUUAUGAAUCAUUGUAUUAUUUAGGAAAGUAUUAAAUUGUUAUUCAUCGCACUUUACAGAGCUAGUAUAUUGAAUGAACUAUGCUACACGUUUUGAUAUCAUUUAAAAUAACACUUAUUUAAAUGACAAUCAUAUAACAAACAUAAAAUUUUAACAGCGGCUAACCGCUAUUAAAAUUUUAUGUUUGUUAAGUUUAUUGCCUCUAAAUAAGAACAAUUUUGUACAAUUGUAUAAAUUUUGAUAGUAAAAUAUUUGCAGUUAUUAUCAUAAUCUCCUACUACCUACUGUCGCCAAUGCAACAAAAAGAAUUUUGAUGAUAAAUUUUAAUGUUUUUAAUUUAUUUAUAGACUGUCAGUGGAGAGACACAGAUAACAAUCGUUUUAAGAGUGUCUCUCUGUGACUUUAGUCAAAGUUCAUGCACUUUGAUAGCUCCGAAAGUUUUUAAUUUUAUCGGUCUUAAAUAUGACUCAACUUAGCUAAACAAUAACAUGAAAAUUAAAUUAAGAUAGUUCAGACUUUUAAUUGUCAAUAACCUCUUUAAGUGUCAAAUACAGAGAUUUCCAGAUUGUUCAGGCAAUAUGAAACUGUCUAAAGUUCUCCAAUAGUACAACUCUUUUAAAUGUUUUCAGAGCCGAAAAUAUCGGAAGGCUUGAGAAGAUUCGCACCUUUUCUAGUGGAAGAUAAUUUAAAAAGACUAGUUGGAAACCAUACUCCAAGGACUAUCUUAAUUCGGUUCACGCUACAUCAGAGACAAAUACAGUUUCACUUCCCAGUGAAUGUUUUGAUAUGAGAAAGAUCUUAGAAAAUGGAAUCUUUAUAUAUACCUUAUCAGAUUGGAAAUUAUGAGACAUGUAUGAUAAAAAUGUGAUACUGUAUUAUAGACGUAGCAGUGUUUGAUCACGAGGAUUUGACAGAAAAGAAAAACGUUAAAUAUACAGUGGGUCAAAAAAUUAUUCAUCCACGUUUCUUUUCUAUUCUUCUCGUCGGUCAUAGUAGCUAAAACAAAUUUCAAAAAACAUUUGCUCAGCUGAAAGAAUUUCCAACCUGAUGAGGUAUAUAUAAAGAUUCCAUAAAAAUUCCUGAAACCAGGAUCUCUGGAUAACCCAAAUCUCAGAAAACCAAGUCCUCGAGAAACUCUUCGCGAAUAACUCUGUCUUAUAGAAAAAAGAUUUCUGAACAAAAUGGGACGUCUCUGGGCUCUCUGUGACACUUUUUCGUGAAACAGCAUUCAAAUUACGAAAGACGCCAUAUCGGCAAAAUCGCCGGAAUUAACGGGAAGACAAGAAAGUUCUGCACAUAGGGCCUUUCGUACAUUGAAUGAUGUUUCAUGAAAAAGGGUCGCGGAGAACCCGGAGAGUGCAACCUGUAGCAGGUUGCAACUGCUUCAAAACGACAAAAGAUUUAACGCUUUUUUGCAAAUCAGUGAAGAUAUUAUGAAUAGACCAAUUUAUAUAGAAUUGAAACACCUUUAAAACAGACUAUUUUAGAAAAAUGGUUUUUUUCUUCUUUUUGAAAAAAGUUAGCUUAAACGAUCUACAAGUCACAUUUUUCUCUGGUCAUCCACGGUAUGUUGAACUUAACGACCUUUUGCAAGCCAGUGAAGAUAAUGUAAAUAGAUCAUUUUGAGACAGGUCAGAUUUGUGAACAUCUGCAAUUUACAUAAUAUCUAGAUGUUUAGAUAUUCUGAUAUUCAAAUCUUAGAUAUUUAGAUGUUAAGAUCUUCAGUUCUUCUCACUCACUCUCAUCUCCCCGCUUCCAAAUGAAGUUCUUAUGUGGAUGGAACGACUAUAACCACUCGAAAGCAGCUAAAAUCAAAUGUUCAUAGUUUUCCGCUUCUCAUAGGACCAUUCUGAGCACAAAAAAAAUUGGGACGAUUCUUUAGCUUAUACGCACCCGUCCUUUUUCUUGUUUGUAUAAGAUGAAGUUUUCUUAAAACAUCGAACACAAGCGAGACACUUUUUGACUAUUACAAGAAAAAAAUUCUUGGUUAGCAGAUCUAUUCUGAAAGAAUAUACCGGCUCGUACAACAUAGCUUCUACGGGCGAAUUAGCUUCAGGAAACCAUCUCAUAUCAACUAUUUCAUGACACAAGUCAUAUAGCGACAAAUAUCUAACUUCAUUGCUGCACGGUACUCUAUAAUUACACGAGAAAAAAUACUGCUUUACAUUUUCUGUAGUAGUAACUAGGUAUGCACAGGACCGGUACCGGCACCGGUAAAAGUGCUCCACAAAAGUUUAAGACCUUUUUUGUUUUUGCAAUAACUCAACUUCCUUGGUAGAUACAGACUCCGUUCUUUGGCCAAAAGAAAGCCUACGUUGAGUACUAUAAACCCUGAGAAAAUGGUUAAGUUCCAACUUAAUUUGAUUGAGCUAAAGCAAAAACGC